UCAGAGAACGACGGAAAACGGUCUUUCUCGCCACCCCUUCCUUCAGAAACGCGGAUUGGCAAAGAGAAAAGAAUCUAUAUUACCGUUUUGUGAGUUGUUCUUCUCGGUUUAGAUUUCGUUCCGUUUUUGCUUCCGGUUGUUUCGGUGUCCCGGAAGUCCAUAGUACAGCCACAGUUCGCAGCGCAAUGGAGCCUUAUGAUGUGAUAGUGAAUCAACCGGUCGUCAUCGACAACGGUUCUGGAAUGAUUAAGGCCGGUUUCGCUGGCGAUCACAUACCAAAGUGUCGUUUUCCCAACUACAUGGGUCGGCCCAAGCAUGUGCGCGUGAUGGCCGGUGCACUCGAAGGGGACAUGUUCGUGGGACCAAAGGCGGAAGAUUAUCGGGGGCUGCUAAGCAUCCGCUACCCGAUGGAGCACGGUAUCGUGACGGACUGGAACGAUAUGGAAAAGAUCUGGACGUACAUCUACAGCAAGGAUGAGUUGUCAACCUUUGCCGAAGAGCACCCGGUUCUGCUUACCGAAGCACCGCUGAAUCCGCGCAAGAACCGAGAAAAGGCAGCCGAAAUCUUUUUCGAAACGUUCAACGUACCCGCAUUGUUUGUGUCGAUGCAGGCCGUGCUGAGUCUGUACGCGACUGGGCGCGUCACCGGUGUGGUGCUGGACUCGGGUGACGGUGUGACACAUGCUGUACCCAUAUUCGAAGGUUUCGCUAUGCCGCACAGCAUCAUGCGCGUAGAUAUUGCGGGACGGGACGUGACCCGUUACCUAAAGACGCUUAUUCGCAAGGAAGGCUUCAGCUUCCGAACGACGGCCGAAUUCGAGAUAGUGCGCUCGAUCAAGGAAAAGGUAUGCUCGUUAGCGACGAAUCCGCUUAAAGAGGAAACGGUCGAUACAGAGAAAACCAAGUACGUGCUACCGGACGGAAAUGUCCUCGAGAUUGGACCGGCGUGCUAUCGUGCACCGGAGGUACUAUUCCGCCCUCAUAUGCUAGGGGAGGAGUGCGAAGGCAUACACGAGGUGUUAAUAUACUCGAUUCAAAAGUCCGACAUGGAUCUGCGAAAGAUGCUUUAUCAGAACAUUGUGUUAUCGGGCGGAUCGACAUUGUUCAAAGGUUUUGGCGAUCGAUUGCUGUCCGAGAUAAGGAAACACGUGGCAAAGGAUAUGAAAAUAAGGAUUGCUGCCCCACAGGAACGUAUCUAUUCGACCUGGAUGGGUGGAUCAAUUCUGGCCUCUCUCGACACAUUCAAGAAAAUGUGGGUCUCUAAACGAGAAUUCGACGAAGAUGGUCAGAGGGCGAUUCAUCGGAAAACAUUUUAAAGUGUGCUAAACAACUUAAACAACAUACAUUCGGCGACAGUUUUCUGGGUACAGAUACUCUCAAAACUACAAGACACUGCUGUGUCUACAGAAAAGUGAGAAAGCAAGAGAGACAGACGGGACAGUAGGUGAAAUUGUGAAGAAAAAAAAUCACAGAGCAGAAGGGGGUUUUUGGGAGGAAUAUAGGACAUUUUAGAAUGAUUUUGGGGCAGCCACCGUAGAUGCUUCUCUCAGGUUUAUAUUCGCUAUUGGAUAUCGUACACCGGUAACAAACUGGAAUGAGUUGUGUUUUUCGUUUCAAACCCGUGAUUCAACGCGCGCACGAUUUGCAAUUUGGCCUGCUUGGUCCACAGUACAGCUUUAUGCAAAUAUAUUUUAUUUCACAGUGAUGCAUAAACGCAUUUUGAAGGUAAAAAGGAUUCACAGAACAACAUAAUAUAAUGUAUAGAAUCUAAAACUAAUAUAAGCUAAAACAUGAUGGACGGUCACUUCAGACCUGAGGGACGCAAUCAUUUGGAAGAGAGAGUGUUCUGCAGAAAGAUUUAGGCAGAUUGUUGAGCUUUUUUCAUUUAAAUUUCAAUGGACUUCACGAAUGUAAUAUGCGCGCACAGAAAGUCUUUAUCACACAAAUAGACACGAUAAGAUCAGAUGUUUGAGCAGACCUGAUGCGAACAAAGCCCCCUUGAGACUCAUGUCGUUUGCGAUGCUUUUAGGCUGACCACCUUGAUUUCUUCCAACGUUUAACGGUCUAAAACGUUUAUGUUCGGCUUAACACUACCCCAACCGUGGAAACCAUUAUUUUGUAGUCUUUGUUUGUUACUCUGUACUAUGUGGUAUUUUUUUUGUUUGGUCUGUUAAUUGUUUGCUGUUGUAAAAUGUACCAUGCUUUUUAUCAUGAUCAAAUGGAGUAAACAUUUUGAAGUUGCAGCUUUAAUAGGUAGCUGAAGCGGUUUGUGCAUUCACUUCUAGCACAUUUUGUCUCACAUUUAGAUAAAUGUCACCCGCGUGCGAUAGAAUCACCUUCAUUCCAACCUAUAUUGCAUAACCAAUAAGAUGUGCAAUUGCUUCAUAUUUUUGUUUUUAGCUCACCGUUCCUUUCCUUUCUGUGCAGAAACUUAUAAUUGAUGCUUUUAAAGUUCAUUAGCGUGGUUAAUAAGCAAUAAUCGAUAGUCGCAAAACAACGCUUUCUGAUAUGUGUUUUUUUAUUGUGUGUAUUUCCUUUCAUCAAUUAACAUGAAUUAAGUUAUGAUUUAGUAAUUUAUAUUCAAUAACUACCAAUUAACGUUAAACGCGUAAUUCCGCGCGUGUACAUGUGGCUGAUGGCCGCAUAUAAAGCAAAGUGCAAAAAUGCGCAUAUAAUCAAGCAUAAAUUGGUCCGAGAGAACGAUAACGACAAUUUUUCAACAGUGCUGCGCAAAGACAGAAAUAUCCUUAUCCUCCUUUAAGCGUAUGAAUAGAUAUUAUAUAUUAUAUUAAUUUGUACCAAUUUGCAGUUCAUGUUGUAUCGCUGCACAUCAAGUCCAAACACCGGCAGAUGGUUAGAGAAAGUUGGAGGGCAAAUUUGAACGUGUGGUUAGAGAUGGUACUUAUCGCUUACGUGGUUAACUCUAUAGCGCCAACGAUAUGCACCCGAGAGCGAGCGCGAAUAACUGCACUUGGCGAUUGUGUACGACGAAAGGAAGAAAUAUAUCGAACCAGGAAUCUA